UUCUUCUCCUUUCAGAUCACCAUGAUGUCGCGAACCAUCGCGUUACUGGCCACAGUAGCCCUUAUGGCAGGCUUGGUAGCCUCCCAGGAUACGCUGGAUGACUUAUAUUUGUCGCUGUACAAUUUGACUGAGAAUAAAAAUACCGUAACAGAACCAACUGCUGCCGUGGCACCAGCGCCGGUUGCCCCACCGGUACCCCCGGUACAGGCUGAACAACGCUACACAUGCACCGGCGAGUGUGUGCAGUAUUACCUUUGCAGCGACAACAAGAUCAUUACGGACGGUGCCGGCAUUAUCGAUAUUCGUGUUGGUGAAGAUGCUACGGAGGAGUACGAGUGUCCUCACUUCCUGAACACUUGUUGCGAGAAGGAUGCGGUGCUGAUUGAACCACCACCAACUGCAACCAAGGCACCACCAACGACGAACAAUGGUGGACAGGAACCGCGCCGACCAACUUGCGGUUUCCGCAAUGUCGAUGGAUUGGGUUUCCGCAUUACCGGUAACAAGAACGGUGAAUCAGAGUACGGCGAGUUCCCGUGGAUGUUGGCUGUAUUGCGCGAGGAACGCGUCGCUGACAACAAUCUGAACGUGUACGAGUGUGGUGCUUCGCUGAUCGCCCCGAACGUCGUACUGACGGCGGCUCACUGCGUGUUCAACAAGCAAAAGGAACAGCUGUUGAUUCGUGCCGGCGAAUGGGAUACACAGACACGCGAUGAACUGUACCAGCAUCAGGACAGACGUGUGGCUGAAGUCAUCACACACGAAGCGUUCAACAAAGGUUCGCUGGCGAACGACGUGGCCCUGCUCAUCCUGAACGAACCCUUCCUGCCGGCGGAGAACGUACAGCCGAUCUGUCUCCCACCGAAGGGUACUUCGUUCGAUCGUAGCAAGUGUUUUGCAUCCGGCUGGGGCAAGAACGUCUUCGGCAAGGAGGGCAAGUACCAGGUGAUUCUGAAGAAGGUUGAGCUUCCGGUUGUGCCGCACGGCGAUUGCCAACAGUCUCUGCGUACCACUCGACUUGGCAAGCGGUUCAUACUUCAUCAGAGUUUCCUGUGUGCUGGAGGUGUUGCCGGACAGGAUACGUGCCGCGGUGACGGUGGUUCUCCGCUCGUCUGUCCAAUUCCCGGCUCGUCGACGCACUACUACCAGGCCGGUAUUGUUGCGUGGGGUAUUGGAUGUGGUGAAAAUGGUAUCCCCGGUGUGUACGGCAAUGUGGCCUUCUUCCGCGACUGGAUCGAUCAGCAGUUGGUGCAGCGUAGUAUUUUGGCUCGGGACUACGUCUACACACCGUAAGCGUACAUAGCCGACUCUGAGAAAA